UUUGCGCCGUACACGCGAGUACGAAGCGCAUACCGAUAGUUGUACGUUGUACAUCGAUAAUGUCAAUAAUCACGGUCGAGCGUUAAUUUUAUGCGGACGCGCGUACGAUACGAUGUCGCAGUAAAGGGCACGGUCACGCAUAUUUUCGGUACGAGAUACUCGUCGUCGAUCGGGCGGACGGACGGACGUACAUGCGUAGGGUGCGUACAUGCGUACGGGUGUCCGAACCUCGCCUUUCUCUCUCGUACGUGCUCGUACACGUCGUCUUCUCGACGCGGGGCGGGGAACGCGAGGGAGGCGGGCACUAGGUUAUGAAAAAGUCGUGCAAAUACUGGACGGGCGUGGGUAACAUAUCGACGGUGUGUCUGUCGAACGCGAAGCGCGAUCGCGCGACGAGUCUCGGGGACGACAGUCUACCGAGCUUUUACAUGAAGGAGCAGGAUAUACCCGAGUAUCUGGAGGGUUGCGGGCUGACCACCUGCACGACCGGCGGCGACAUGCCCGAGGACAUGGAGGUGCCGCGCGACAAUAAGGAGCACCCGAGUAACAAGGAGAAGAAGCUGUCGACCACUUCCAUCAGCGGUGGCGGAGGCGGCGGCGGUGGCGGUCAGGCUGACACCAAGAAGACCGUCAUGGUCAAGCAUCCGGAAUCGAAUAAACCGAAACCUACGACGAAAAAGGGUAAGCCGAUUCAAGCAGAAUUGGACGUGGCCAAGGAGUUUGUUCGUUGUCGGGAGGAGUGCGUGAAGCGGUUGGAUCUCAGCAAGGCCAGCAUCACGAAUCUACCGAGUUCCGUGAGGGAGUUGACGCAUCUGAGGGAGUUCUACAUCUACGGUAACAAACUGGCGACUCUGCCGCCUGAGAUCGGUUGCCUGGCGAAUCUGGAGACCCUGGCGUUGAGCGAAAACUCGCUCACCAGCCUGCCCAACACUCUGGAGAAUCUCAAAUCGCUGCGUGUCCUGGAUCUCAGGCACAACAAGUUGAAUGAGAUACCGGACGUGGUGUACAAGCUUACGUCCCUCACCACGUUGUUCCUGCGCUUUAAUCGAGUCAAAUAUGUCAACGAUAAUAUACGGUAUUUGACAAAUCUUACCAUGUUGAGCUUGCGAGAGAACAAGAUCAAGGAACUACCCGCGGGUGUUGGUGAACUCGUCAAUCUCAUUACGUUUGACGUUUCGCACAAUCAUCUAGAACAUCUGCCCGAGGAGAUUGGCAAUUGCGUGCAAUUGUCCACAUUGGAUCUACAGCAUAACGAGCUCCUGGACAUACCGGACACGAUCGGGAAUCUAGUGUCGCUGACGAGAUUGGGUCUUCGUUACAAUAGAUUGUCGAAUAUUCCAAAGUCAUUGGCAAACUGCAAGAUGAUGGACGAAUUCAGCGUAGAGGGCAAUCAGGUGUCACACCUGCCGGAUGGUCUGCUGUCCAGUCUGUCGGAUCUGACGACGAUCACGUUGUCCAGGAACAAUUUUACCGCAUAUCCGUCAGGCGGACCGUCCCAGUUCACAAACGUCUAUUCUAUCAAUCUGGAACAUAACAAGAUCGAUAAGAUACCCUACGCUAUUUUCUCGCGAGCCAAGAACCUCACGAAGCUGAACAUGAAGGAGAAUCAGCUGACUGCUUUACCGUUAGACAUCGGCACAUGGGUGAACAUGGUCGAGCUGAAUCUCGGUACUAAUCAGCUGAUGAAGAUCCCGGACGACAUACAGUACUUGAAGAGUCUGGAGAUACUUAUACUAUCCAAUAAUCUGUUGAAGCGUAUUCCGGCCACCAUAGCGAAUCUGCGUAAGUUACGGGUGCUGGAUCUGGAGGAGAACCGAAUCGACUCGUUGCCAAACGAGAUCGGUUUCCUGCGCGAACUACAGAAGUUGAUUCUGCAGUCAAAUCAAGUCGUCUCGUUGCCGCGCGCAAUCGGCCACUUGACGAAUCUCACGUAUCUUAGCGUGGGGGAAAACAAUUUGAAUUAUCUACCGGAGGAGAUCGGCACCCUGGAGAACCUGGAGUCACUCUACAUCAACGACAACGCGAAUCUACACAAUCUACCAUUCGAGCUAGCGUUGUGCACGAAUCUCAGUAUUAUGUCAAUUGAGAAUUGUCCAUUGUCGCAGAUACCGGCAGAGAUAGUGGCCGGUGGACCGUCGCUGGUGAUUCAAUUUCUUAAGAUGCAGGGACCUUAUCGGUCCAUGUAACAGAUUAAUUAAGAUCGCGUGUUUUCACGCGCUUCUGAGUUACAUUGAUGUCGAUUCUUAAUCACAAAAGAGCAAGCGAUAUAUUGUCAAAAAAUUGUUUGAAGGAGGGAAAGAUAUAUUUAUAUAAUAUGAAUAUCUUUAUCGACUCUUAAAUUCUCACUCUAAUGAUCUCAUUUUAGGGAGAAAUGUGUAAACAUUAUUGAGAUACACUGUAUAAAAUG